CAGCGCGGAACACGCCGGUCCGGUGCGCGCCGGCGCGUGCCAGUCACUGCAUGCCAGCGCAGCACGCGCGGAACAUACCAGUCCGCUACAUGUACAUGGCGUGCCAACUCAGUCCAUGAAAAUGCAUCCCAUGCCAAUCCAGUACAUGCAAACACAGCACAUGCCAAUACCAUGCACUUAACAGUCCAUGCGAAUGUAGGACGUGCGCUACAUUGCAUGCCAGUCCAGCACAGGCAAACAAUGCACAAAAUAACGCACGCAAAUACAUGCCAACGCAUUGCAUGCCAAUACACUAUAUGCAAACUUCGUACGUGGAAACCCAACACGUGGAAAUGCAUUGCAUGCCAAUAGAUGGCACUGAAUUACGCUCAAGAGGGCAGAAUGCCACACAAGAUUGGGUUUAUUGUUAUAAGUUCAUCUGGACAUGAGGACGGCUUCAGUGCAAAAGAACUGAUGGUCCACGCGCCAACGGUCAACGGAUGGAGGUCACCAAGGCUGUGUCAGUACCCCCAAGAAAUAGUCCUCCAGAUGGUGGAACGGUGUAGAAUUCGAAAACUGCAGCUCCUGGCCCACCAGUAUAUGAUCUCCAGCAAAAUUGAAUUCUAUAUCAGCGAAAACCUGCCCGACUACUUUGCCCCCUAUAAAUCAGAGCGAUUCCAGAGGCUGGGUUACGUCUCUCUUUCUGAUAAUGAAAAGACUGGCUACAGGGCCCGCGAACUAAAAUCAGUCUACGUGGAUGCGGUUGGCCAAUAUCUGAAGUUGUCGUUCCAUAAAAACUAUGUUAAUAGGUACAACUUGUACAGCCAGGUUGCUCUUGUAGCAAUAAAUAUCAUUGGAGAACCUGCGGACCUGAGCAGCGACGAUAGCCAGUCUUCCAGGGAGAAGCUGAUUGACCAUUACCUAGGGAGCAAUUCGGAUGACUUGGCCUUCGAUGGGAGCUACCCUGGGAAGGCCGAUGCAAUUUCCCCCCUGGAUGACCUGGCUUUUGACAUGUACCAAGAUCCCGAGGUGGCCCAGAUAAUUCGCAAGCUGGACGAGAAGAAACAUGAAGCGGUGCACCAGGAGCACUAUGAUCACGCCAAGAAGCUCAAGCAAGCCAUCGCAGACCUGCAGAAGGUUGGGGAGCGGCUGGGACGCUACGAGGUAGAGAAGCGCUGCGCCGUCAAGAGGGAGGACUAUGACUUGGCCAAGCAGAAGAAGCAGCAGAUGGAGGAGUAUCGUCUCAAAGUCUACCAGCAGCUGGAGCUGCACAACCUCCUAGACCCCGAUCUCACCAUCCGGCGGCCGCCCGACUUGCCUCUCGAGCCUGUGGCUCACCCCACCACUACCCUUCAGCAAAGGAAGCCCCUGCCUUCUCCCUGGCGGGAGAAAGCCGAAGCAGAGAGUCCUGCGCCUUUGCCACCAGAGAAGCCCCCCUCGCCUGAGCCGGCCACCUCUCAGUCCUUCUCUCCCCCGCUGGCCCAGGCAGCUCCCAUCUCUGCCGAGGCUUUCCCAAAGAUCAACGUCGAGGUCUUACCUUACGAUGAGCGGCCCCUCCCAGCCAUCCGCAAGCAGCAGGAGGACGGCUUUACACUGCUGGAGCCUGAGAUCAGCGAGGAGGACCCCGGUGACACACCAAGAAGCGGCGUAGUUGGUGAGCCGGAGCCUCUGACGGAAAAGGCACUGCGAGAGGCCAGCGCAUCCAUCGACGUCUUCGGGGAAGCUCUGGUUGCUGGGGCCUAUUCCAAAACAUGGUCCUAUCGCGAAGACUCGUUGCUGGCCAUCUACAAGAAGAUGACAGAGGCGUCUGUAAGCACGCCGAAGGAGGAGCUCAAGAACAUGCUUCGGGGAGCCAUCUUUCUCGUAGUGAGGGCCAUAAAAGAUAUUGUCUCUUCGGUUUUCCAUGCCUCCUUAAAGCUCCUAAAAAUGAGCAUCACGCAGUACAUCCCCAAGCACAAACUGGGGAAGCAGGAGACCAUUUUCUGCGUGGAACGGACCUUUCCCAACCUCCUCUCCAGGACGGGGGACUCCUCUGCCCGCCUUCGGAUGGCAGCUGCCAGCUUCAUCCAGGAGAUGGCCCUCUGCAAUGAAGUGAAGCCUCUUCAGAUCAUACCUGCCCAUUUGGUUCAGCCCCUGAGGCCCAAUUGCCCUACACACCUUGCCAUGAGCCAGGUGGAGUUGGUGGAACGCUUGCUGAAAGAUCUGGGCACCGAGAACUCGGGCUUCACCGUGGACAACGUCAUGCGGUUUGCAACUGGAGCUCUGGAGCACCGUGUUUUCGAGGUGCGGGAAACAGCUCUCCGGAUCAUCUUGGAUAUGUAUCGGCAGCACCGAGACGACAUCCUGGAUUACCUCCCCCCUGAUGAUGCAAACACGCGCAAGAAUGUGCUGUACAAAAUGCUAUUUGACGGGUUCGCUAAAAUAGAUGGCAGGCUCACCGAGGCUGAACUGAGGGCCCAGAGAAAGACAGCAACUGACGAAGCCGAAAAGGAAAAGAAAGAUGAGAUCAAGGCCUUGCACGGUCAGCUGGCAGCUCUGAAGGAGAUGCAGACAGAAGCCCAGGCCGCCAAGGAAAAAGAAAGCGAUUUCCAGAAAUCCAAGAAUCAAGCUGAAACUCCCAAAAAGGCGGCGCAGCCCGUAACAGCGGAUAUUCCCGAUGAUCAUUCUUCAGUCGCAAAUUACCUGGACAACCUCUGCAUUUUUUGCGGUGAAAGAGAUGAAUCCUUCACAGAGGAAGGGCUGGAUCUCCAUUACUGGAAACACUGCCCCAUGCUGACCAGAUGCGAUUUCUGCAAGCAGGUGGUCGAAAUUGCCAGCCUGACAGAGCAUUUGCUGACUGAGUGUGAAAAGAAGGAUAACUUUGGCAAGUGUUCCCGCUGCUGCGAGGCCCUGCCGAAGGAUGAGCUGCCCCGACACGUCAAGGGGAGGGCUUGCAAUCCUGCCAAACCUGAAAAAGUGGCCAAUCGUUGUCCGUUAUGCCAUGAAAAUUUUGCACCCGGAGAGGAGGCCUGGAAGGUGCACCUGAUGGGCAAAGACGGCUGCCGCAUGAAUCCGAGGCGCACUCAUUCCUUCAACAAGAGCAUGCCAAUGCAGUCUGCCGCCGGCCGGGCUGCUGGAACUGUCCUGAACCGAUCCGGGCCAACGGGAACGAAGCUGCGUUCCCCCACGGUUGGAAGCAAAAUCCCCACCCCUCGAGGAGGCUUGAAUAAAAACACUGGCAGAACGUAUGCAAAGCGAUGACGCGGACCCCUUCUUUCCUGUCGGUCCUGCUGCAGGCCACACUUCCUUUUUCCGCUGCAAUACGGCUUGCGGGGGGGACAGCCAUGAUCUGCAAGUCGCCCUCCUGGUUCUCCGCCAAUCACCCCUCCUUAUUUACGAUUGCUGCACUCUGCUAUCUGUGGGUCUUUCUACCCCUUAGAGGUAGAAAAGCCAUAUAUCAAAACUUCUGUCCUGCGUUCUUCGAGCUUUGGCAUAAAAUAGUCUUCCUUGGAUUACAGAACCCGGGGAGGGAGGGAGGGAGGGAGGACGUUCAGGUGUCUGUUUCUCUCCCCGUUCAUUUUCUCUGUACAAAGCUGGUUCUCUGAUUUUAGCAUGAUUGGCCAGGGUUGUCUAACGACAGUUCAGAUGAGUUUUUGAAAACAGGAAAAAGGACAGUCUAGACACAGAUGAAGGCCAUUGUUGGAGACAGUCCCCAUUUAAGGGUAUUGGUUUCUCUCCUUACGGCCCAUUUGCCACUUUCGUGAGCGUUUGGAAUGAGAACUGUCUGUCUCCCAUUCUGAUCUUAUAAUAACUCCUGCAAUCUGCUCCCUGAAGCAGCCACCUAGGAAGGACCAGCUCUCUUCCUUAUUUAUAAGAAGAUGUGCCGGGAAUAUGGAUUUAAAGACCCCAAACUGGCCAUUGAACAGAUUUUUUUGGUCCCCCCCGUUUUCUGGAGCAUCAUGCAUGAAAGGAGCUGAAGCAAAGGCAGAAGAUAGAUUAGAAGUGACAAGUAGAUCUCUGGGUGAUCUGUACUAAAGUUGUAAACAUUUGCAAGUCCUGUUGCUUAACAGGAGGCUUUUCAUCUCGCACGCACACCCGCACCCCGAAAGGCAGAGAAAACAAAGUUCUGAAAAGUAAAAAUGAAAGGCGUGAAUUGCCAACUCAGUUUGGCAGUGCAAACCAAUUCCUGACCCUGAACAUCCUAUUGUCCCCUUUGCCCAGCCUAGCACCCUCCAGAUCAUUAGGCUACAAGUCUCUUUUUUCCCCGACCAGCACGUCCUUGCUGACUGAACCAACAGGAGAUGUUGCCUGGCACAGCAGAGCGCCAUUGGUGGUGGAAGGAUAGCAAGGGGUCACAUUCUGAUUCCCUCUGCUCAGCACAGCAGCAGGUUCCCUGUCCAGGAAAAGAAAACAGAGGAGUGGGCAGAAUGAUCUGCAGACAUGGAAAUUACUCAAAGAAUACUAAACCAAGUAGGGAAAAAUCUGGCCUCAGUCCUAUCCUCCCAGCCCUCGUUUGAAAAGAUAGGCAGCAUUUUUAAAUGCAUCCUUUUUUUAACAAACUGAUUUGCAUCUUCUUUUGAGAUGUCUUGACCAAGGGCAUAUGCACAGGUUUCUGAAAUGCACCAGUGUACAGAAAGAAAUGCUCUGCUGACGGUUAUCCAAGUCUCAUUUUCUUAUAUUUCCCAUUUGAUCUCCCCAUCCUACCUUAAUUUGCUUAGGAUGGGUGGAAGUAUUGUUUUAAAAGAGUAACUAAGAAGCCAGGUUGAAAGAAAUCGCCAUUCCUCUUUAAAAGAGCAGUUGCACUCAUUGAAGAUCAGGGUUUAUGAUUUUGCUCCGUGGAUCCACUUCAAUUUGGACUCAGGGCUACAUGUAUGCGUUAAGAACUCGAGCACUUUCUACUAUGCAUUCCGUCCACUUGAUAUCUGUACAUGCACAGAUACACACAGCAGACACUUGUAAACCUUUUUAAACCGUAGUAUGUAUUUUUUAAAAAUUUUAAAUUGUAAAGAAGCUCAAACAUGUUUCAGUUGCAUAGAAAAGGAGGUGUAGGUUAGGAUUGCAACAUGUCAGAUUUGACUCCAAGCGCUGCAGAGGCGAUGGCUGUGCAAACCUAGCGCCUGGGAGACGUGCUUUAAGGCAGCGUUUCCCAACCUAGGCAGCUUGAAGGUGUAUGGAUGCCGGCUGGGGAAUUCUGGGAGUUGAAGUCCACAUCUCUUAAAGUUCCACCAUCCAAAGCAACUUUUUGGAGGAUAGAUCCGAAGUGCUGCACUGUUCUGAUGCAUGUAUCCCUCCCAGCUAGGAGG